AUGAAAUAUCUAUCUUCAAACCAUAUAGAAAAUGUCUCAUUUGCAUAUGGCAUUCUUAAUGAUGAAUGGAACGAACAGGGACUCGGCUUUUCGACCCUAGCAGUUGAACUUAUUUCAAACAAUCAAGAAACGAGCAGGAUUGCAGCUGUCCCAUCUACUGAACUGCAAGUUUUAUUUUUCGUCUCGCUAUACUUGGUAGCAUUGGCGCAAGGAUAUCAAUCCACCAUACAAGUCUUCGGAGCUGAUCAAUUUGAUCGACAACAUCAAGAAGAAAGCAAAGCCAAUACCUCAUUUUUCAAUUGGUGGCUUUUUGGAUUGUCUUUAGGUGUUGCUUUAGCAUAUCUGAUCUUACCCUACAUUCAAGAAAAUAUAGGGUGGGGAAUUGGUUUUGGAAUUCCAUGUCUAGCAAUGGUAAUUGGGCUCAUCCUACUUUUACUGGGACAUAGAACUUACCGCUUUGCUAUUAGAAGAGAUGAUACAUGCCCUUGCUCGUAUGAAGACGAUCAAGAAGCUUCGCAAAAUAAUCCUCAACAAAUCAUUCAAGCUCACGAGUUUCUCAACAAAGUUUUGCAUGCAAAGAAAGAUGAUACAAAGGACAAUAUCAUCUCAGGUUCCUCCAGGAGUAAGCAUACAGAAGUAAAGAAAGCUCUAAAGCUGCUCCCCAUAUGGUCUUCUUGUUUAAUGUACGCAAUUGCCUGGGCACAAGUUCCCACAUUUUUUACCAAGCAAGCAACCGGAGUGGACAAAUCAAUAGGGCAAAGCUUCAAUAUCCCAUCAGCUUCCCUUCGGGUGUUCAUCCCACUUACGACAAUGUGCUGCACUCCAAUAUAUGACCGAGUCUUUGUGCCAUUAGCAAGAAUUGUGACAGAAAAUCCCUCGGGAAUAACGGAAUUCCAGAGAAUAAAAAUCGGGAUGACAAUAUCUGUACUGGAUAUGGUUAUUGCAGCUCUAGUUGAGAAGAAAAGACUUGGAAUUGCUCAAGAAUAUGGUCUAAUUGAUAUCCCAAAUUCAACAGUUCCUAUGAGUUUCUGGUUGUUGGUGCCUCAAAAUAUGUUGUGUUCAAUAGCAUAUGUGUUCACCAUUGUGGGAAUGCAGAAGUUUUUCUAUGAUCAGGUACCUACAGAAUUAAGAAGCAUUGGCCUCUCUCUUUCUUUUGGUGCACUUGGAGUAGGGAACUUCUUAAGCAGCUUGCUCAUAUAUGUCAUUGAUGAAAUAACAAGUCAAAAUGGAAGGGAUAGUUGGUUUUCUAACAACUUGAAUCGAGCACAUCUUGAUUAUUUCUAUUGGCUUCUUGCUGGACUAGGUUUCCUAGGUCUAGUAGCCUUUGCCUUCUUAGAAAAAUCGUUCUCUAAGGAAAAUAUUAGUCUUGAAAGGACUGCUCAAGCAUAA